GGCUAUCGAAUUCUGCUGAAUUCGCACAAAUUUGCGCGGGUACGGUACCGCCGACCAGCCGGGAAUACUUGACUGGUACGGUGCUAACGUGACGUUCGUACGAUGAGGACAUCUUGAAUCGGCGUCGAUCUACUAGAUUUUAUGACAUUUUUGUAUUUUUGCAACCAUAAAUUUGUGUUCUAAAUAGUGAUAGAAUAAGUACGAUAUAGUAGAGUCAUGGAUCGGCAGCGUCGAAAAAGAAAGAAUUACCUCGAACCACAGAGCGAUGCACAACUACCCGCCGCGACGCGAUGGAGGAUGAACAGGAGACGAGCGCGAUUAGCCCCCGCUGCCCUGGCAGCGGCUGACGAAGUGAACGCUCCCCCCGAUGAUGAUAGCACUGAUGAUAUGGAGUUUGAAGGAAAUCAUCCACAUGCCUUUGUACCUCGUCCAUUGCAAUAUGAUGUUAGAUUUGAUAGUGAUCAAAAUGCAGCCGAUGAUGAGUCAGAAAUGGCAACCGGAGAAGAUGAUGAGGUCGAGGCCCGGCCCAACAAUUGUGAUAUUUCAACUGCAGGUGGUGUCAUGUUAACUAGUUCAGCUGCUGCAAUAGAUCGAAGGGCAAGGCAAGCCAGACUAACUACAUGUAGACUGACACCUAACUCGGUCUCAGACUCAGAGUUGAUUGGAAGUGAAACUUUUGAAGAAAGUGAUGCAAGUGAUGAUGUACCAGUAUCUGCAAAUGACAACAGCAGCUUAGUUUCAAUUGCAUCAGGUGCAUCAUGCGAUGACAUAUCUGCAAAUAGCUCCAGCCUUGGUUCAAUAGCAUCAGAUAUCAAUGAUGAUCCACAUGGCGAUGAACCAGAUGAUCCACAGGGUGAUGAUCCAGAUGACCCAGAAGGCGAUGAUCCAGAUGAUCCACAUGGCGAUGAACCAGAUGAUCCACAUGGCGAUGAACCAGAUGACCCACAGGGCGAUGACCCAGAAGGCGAUGAUCCACAUGGCGAUGAACCAGAUGAUCCACAGGGCAAUGAUCAAGAUGAUCCACAGCGCCAAGAUCCAGAUGAAGAAGAUGACCAAGAUAUAUUUGAUGAAGGUUUGAACUCUCCACUGUUUCAUGGGUCAGGUACUUCAAAGGCCGAAGCCCUGCUGAUAAUUUUGUCAUUUGCGAUGAAGAAUUGUUUGUCAGCUACUGCUUUACGUAAUUUACUUGAGCUCUUGAAUACAAUAAUUGGAUCAUGUAUUUUCAAACCAACAAAGUCUAUCCUUCAACAACUCUUUUGUAAUAAUGCUAUUCAGCUUAGCUUUCAUUUUUAUUGUUUAAUUUGUUCCAGUUAUGUUCGCUCUUUUGCCAGUGUCUCUGAUGAAAACGUUGCAUGUCCCAAUUGUGAUCAACAAUGCAUAGUAUCUGACCUCAGUCAAGGUAAUUUUUUUGUUACAGCAAACUUGUCUUCACAAAUCAAGCAACUUUUUGAAAGGAAAGACAUAUCACCACAUUUAUUUUAUCGUGACCGCCGCACAAAGCAAACAGAGGGUAAUAUUGAGGACAUAUUUGAUGGUACAAUGUAUAAGAAGAUGAUGGAAGAAGGUGAACCACUAAGUAAUAGAAACAACUUUUCAUAUACGUUUAAUAGUGAUGGCUUACCAGCAUUUAAAUCAUCAAAGUAUUCAAUUUGGCCAAUCUACAUAAUGGUAAAUGAGCUGCCCCCUAAACUUAGAUUUAAUAAUUUGAUUCUCGCUGGGGUGUGGGUUGGAAAGGUAGACCCAAAGAUGGAAGUUUUUCUGAAGCAGUUCACAUUAGAGGCAAACAAACUAGCUGACGAAGGAGUUUUCUGGAAACUUGGAGACAAUGUUAUACAUAGCAAACUUUUUGGGUUAUGUUGUUGUGCAGAUGCACCAGCUAGAGCCGCUAUGCAGAAUAGAAUCAAGUUUAAUGGAUACAGUGGAUGUGGUUUGUGCUACCAUCCUGGGAAAACAGUUGAUAGGGUUGUAAAGUAUCCAUUCGAUGUUUGCGAUUAUAGUGACCGCACUGAUAAUGAAAUGCUAGAAGACAUGGUUCAGGCAGGAACAGAGGGUAGGACUGUUAGAGGCGUUAAAGGGCCUAGUGCCCUUAUAAAUCUGUCCCAUUUUCCCAUAUGCUGGGGCUUUGCACCCGACUUCAUGCAUUGUUUGCUGCUUGGUGUUGCGAGACAAUUGGUAGAACUGUGGUUGUCUUCGCCAGCAGUUAGUGAAUGGUAUAUUGGAACUCCUCGGGUUAUUGCAUUGCUUGACAAAAGACUGAAAUCAUUGAGGCCACCUAGCAUCAUUGUGAGAGCCCCUAGGCGUAUUUCAGAGAGGAAGUUUUGGAAGGCAUCAGAAUGGUAUGCUUGGUUAUUGUUUUAUUCUGUUCCUUGUCUGAAAGGUGUACUUCCUCUCCAAUAUUGGCAACACCUUGUAGUUCUUGUUGAGGCCUCUUUCAUUUUGUUGCAGAAGUCCAUAUCGAUUGAUGACAUCAAUAAAUGUGACAUUCUUCUAUUUUCAUUUGUAUGUAGAUGCCAAUUAUUGUAUGGUGCAGCUGCCAUGACUUUUAAUGUUCAUUCUUUGACACAUUUGGCUAAAGGUGUCUAUCAUUGGGGGCCAUUAUGGACACACUCUUGCUUCCCAUUUGAAGCAGCCAAUUGGCGCGUCAAACGUCAACUGCAUGGAACUCGAGGUGUGCUCAUGCAAGUCAUUACUAAAUUUCUCACAAUCCAUACUUUGCCAUUUUUUAUUGAUAGUCACAAUAUUUCUCACCGUGUUAAAACAUUUGCAGGAAAUAUGCUGAAUAUUCAAAUUCGAGGAACUGGGGAGGAACCCAAUGUUCAAGCGUUAGGCUGUGGCAGAUCUAAGUUUUGUACUGAAGAAGAGAGAAUGGCUCUAUCAGCUGCAGGCUACAUAAUUGAGGAAAAUGAGCCAAUUAUAUCCUUCAAAAGAAUAAAGAAAGAUGGUGUCCUUUUCUACACAGCUUCAUACAGGGCGCAGACAAUGACUCGAGACAAUAGAUUUAUUUUAGUUUCAAAUGAUAGAGUUUGUGAGCUCCAAGAUAUUUUAUAUUUGAAUGACCAGUAUGUGUUCCUUGUAAAUUUAUUAGUUCUGGAAGAAGACGCAUCUUUAAAAGAUGAUACCACAGACACUAAGUUGUCACAUGUCUUGCUUUGCACAGGUCAGUCCGAGUUACCAAUGGCUAUUUCUGCUGCAGAGGCAUUCGGGAAUUGUCUCUCAAUGAAGUUUGAUGAUGUGCACUAUAUUGCUGUUUUUCCUAAUCAUGUAUCGAUCAAUUGACCUGACUUAUGUCUUUAAAGGUCAAGUCCACCCCAGAAAAAAGUUGAUUUGAAUAAAUAGAGAAAAAUCAAACAAGAAUAAUGCUGAAAACUUCAUCAAAUUCGGAUGGAAAAUAAGAAAGUUAUGACAUUUUAAAGAAUCGCUUAUUUUUCACAAAACAGUUCUAUGCUCAACUCAGUGAUAUGCAAAUGAGAGAGUCGAUGAUGACACUCAUUAUUUAUUUUGUUUUUUAUUGUUUGAAUUAUACAUUAUUUCAUUUUUUACGGAUUUGACAAUUAUGACCAUCUUGUUUGAACCACAAACUUUUGAAACAAUCGAAUUCCACAUGAUCAGGGAGGAAUAAAACCUUUUCUGCAUGACAAUUAGGAGAAAAUUCAAAUAAAAUACAAAAGAAAUAGUGAGUGAGUGAUGUCAUCAGUCUCCUCAUUUGCAUACCGACCAGGAUGUGCAUAUAACUGUUUUGCGAAAAAUAAGCGAAAAUUUAAAAUGCCAUAACUUUCUUAUUUUACAUUAGAUUUUAUGAAAUUUUCGAUGUUACGCUCGUUGGAUUUUUCUCUUUUUAUUCAAAUCAACUUUCAGUUGAAGUGGGCUCUUCCUUUAAGGCAGUUUGGAACUGAAUAUUGGUGAUGGAAAAAAGCAGAAGUUACAGGUUUUACCAAAUUUUCCCUAAAAAUAUGGUUACCAUGGCAAUCAAUGUCUCUACCCACUCCAAAAUCAUUAGGCGGCUUUGCUUUACCAUAUUGGUCCUUCAUGCCACAUUUGAAGAUGAUCGGAGAAGAAAUGUAGCUGGAAGAGCGCUCACAAGGAUAUCUCUGCUAUUUCCACAAAAUAUCUUGCUACCAUGGCAACGAUGUCUCCGCCCACACCAAAAUCGAUAGGCUUCUUUACUUACCAUAAUGGACCUUCAUGCCACAUUUGAAGAUGAUCGGAGAAGAAAUGCAUCUGGUAGAGCGCUCACACAAAAAUCUCUGCGGCGGAUGCGGCAACGGCGGCGGCGCGUCGAGGCCAAAUCCAUAGUAAUCCAUUGUAUCCCCGAACAGAGUUCAGAAGAUACAAUUAAUCUUCUUUCUCACUUUAUGAGAUGAAAUUAGACUAUAGACAGCCUUAAGUUGAACCCGAACCUAUGCCUGAACCAUAAUAGCUUGAUUUUUCAAUGGAAAUGUAAUAUUAAGUUUAUUUACAUCAUAGUAGAAACUUGCUUCUUUGGUGAAUAUUUUCUGUCUCCUGUUAUAAUAAACAUUGAUGACAAAAACAUUCAGUCCCAAAAUGUUACAUUAUACAUGGGAUUUUGGUGUAAAACCGCAUACAACCAGCAUGGAUAUAAUGAGACUUCUCUCCCGUAUUUUCAGUGACCCCACAACAACAAAAUUUAAUUUGUCAUGAGCAUGAAUUAGGUGAUCUGCCCUGAUUUUAAUGAUCAUUGUCACUAUCACCAUGUCCAUGUGGAUCAAUAUGGAUAAAAAAUGGAGGUGACCUACAUCACCUACCGAAAUCUCAGCUACAACAUAUUCACAGCUCCGCAUAAAAAUGGACAAGAAAUAGUGGAGAUAUUGCUCGCGAAAUAGAGGAGUGUAGAAUCCAAUUUUGGGAAAAAGUAAUCUCCCAGAGAUUACACGCAUUAUGAGCAAAAAUGCAUGCCUCUAUAAAUUGUUACUUUCCACUGUAUCCAGCUUUGUGCUAUAUUUGAUAUUUAUUAUAAGUUGGUAGAUCAGUGUCCAUUUCUCUUUACUCUGCCUGUAGUGGAUAAAUGGGACCAUUCCACUUUGAUAUUAUCAUGCAUUUGAGGACUCCUUUGGCUCUUUUUCCCCUAUUGUGUUUUGUAACUCUGGGGUCUGUUAGGCAUUAUGGCCUUGUGAUUGGUAUCGUUUGCACUUAUUCCACAGAUAAGAUAAUUUACUUGUGAACUAUGUAAUGUUAUAAUUGUUGCAGGGACCAUUCCUAUUAUUCUCAAACUGCAAAAAAAAAGUUUAAUUGCAACAGCUUAUCUCCAUGGAUAGGAAUGCCACUCUGAUUAAAAAAAUCUUGUAUUCUUGGCAGAAUAACAUCAUACAUGUACAUAAAAUCACAUAAGUUUAUAAAUCAUGCAAUAUUAUUUUCACGAAAUCUCUGAACGAUUGGUAAUGUGAGUUAUACAUGUACACUGUGGCUUAUCUAAGCUUUGUUUGUAAUUUGUAAUAUCUUAAUGAGUAAAAUUAUUUUGUGGAUUUUCAAUGUUUUUACCAGCACAUAUUUAUGUUAUAUUUUUUUAUAUGGUUCACCUUCUACCAUCAUCUUCUUUUGAGGUUUUGAUUUAAAUAUCUCGCAAAAUAUUUGUAAUUACUAGUUUGACAUUUAUUAGUAAUUUACCAGCAAUCUUCGUUAAUUCAGCUCUGUAAUCAAUUUAUUCAUCUCUCUUAUGAUAAUCUCUUCAAUGUGAGGGUGUAUUUUGUUUAACAAAUCUACAUGUAUGUAGAAAACAAGAAGAUUAUGAAUAUUUAAUUUUGUGUGUGCCGUCACAUCCUCUCGUUCAUGUUUGCCAUCCUUUAUACCUUUGGAUAAUUAUUUUAUAGAUCACUGGUCCUUAAUUAAUGUGCAUUAGCAGGGUAUGAGAUAUGUCACAGUAAAAAUACGACAGUCAAUGGGAUAAUUACUUUCUACUGACUUUUAUUAUCUGGAAAUUGUACUAUACAUGUAAACUCAAUAUCUGUAUGUAAUGUUUCUUUAUUACCAUACUCUGUUAAUUUGUGUAUUAACAGAGACAUGCCCUUUUUUAUGCUUAUUAACAAAUGUCGCAGUAGAACUGCCAUGGUUAUCCUUUUUUUGUCACAGAAAUGAAAGAAGCAAUUUUUUGACAGUUAAAAAGAAAUACAUUAACACGGGAAAUAUCUAUCUGGCGGAGGCCAGACUCUUGCCUCAUGGAAUAUGGAACCAGAACAUACAUGUAAAUUGUAUGAUUUAUUUUAUAUAUUUGUUUGUUUAAAAACAGGGAAGCCGAUUCAACGAUGUGUUGGUCUCCCAUGGUGCCUUAUGACAAUGUACAUGGCAUAACAUUGCAAUUAUAACAUUCAUUUACAUAGCAACUUCACAAGAGAGGCAUAAAUAUUUGUAAGUACAUGUGAAAGAAUCUUAAAGCUAAAGUGGCAAGGAAAGAACAUACAAUUAGCAGAAAAGUACAAUGAUUUAAAAAGCAGAUGACGUGAAAUUAUUAAGGCAUGUAUUGUUCGAAUUUACAUUUAGCUAAAAUCUUUAAAUUUAGAAAGUAAGCUGGAGUUGGAGUUUCUGUUGGUCAUAAAGGUUGGAUAUUUCAAUUUACUUGUGCUUGAAUUUCUUGAAUCUAUUUGUCCCACUUUCUUCUUUUGGGACCCUGCCUAUAUCUUGGAUGUUCCCCUUACUAUUCCAGGGGAUUUAAAAAAAGGUUUGUCAACCUCACAAUGCCUAAUUGUCCUCAGGACCCAAUUCUGUUUACCUGGCCAACCAAAAGCAAAGACAUAAAACGAGAAGAAAUUGAUAUCAUUUGGACUGAGAAAAUAGCUUGUUUUUUUUAUUUUUUAUAUUGAGUUUCCAUUGUACUCAACUUAGACCUUGGCAUGUGAAAGAAAGCUGCAUUCCUCUCUGAAAAUGUGGAAUUACCAUUGUUUUUAAAUUUUGUGGUUCAGUCAAGUGGGUUUUCAUUGUCAAUUCUAAGAAUUGAAAUAUUGCAUGAUUCAAACAGUAAAAAAACAAAAAAAAAUAGGAAGUGAGGGACAUCAACCACUCUCUCAUUUGCAUAUCACUGAGUUGUGCAUAUGUUUUGUGAAAAAAAAAAAAUUAAAGGAAAACUCUAAAAUGUCAUAACUUUCUUAUUUUACAUCCAAUUUGAUGGAAUUUUUCAGAAUUAUGCUUGUUUGAUUUUCUCUAUUGAUUCAAAUCAACCUUUUUCUGGGGUGGACUUGACCUUUAAACUUCCGUAAACCCAGGGGGUGAUUAACUAUAACAAAGAUCAAUAUCGUCCAUAAAAAGUGAAUUCAGAGAUUGAUAAUUUAAAUAUCCAUUCAAGCAUUUUUUUUGUAGUGGGAUAGACAGGUAGUAUUCCUUUCAAUUAUCUGAUAGAUUAAUGUAUGCAGAGAUGUGAGAGUUCAGCCUUUAGGGGGUUUGAUUUUCAGCAGCUUUCCUCUGAACAAACAUUCAAGCUCUUUCAAUUUCAUUUUUUUAUCAGGAUAUUUUUGCCAGUCACACUCCUGCGUAUGACCUUGUACCUCGUAACAAAAUUUUGUAUGUGAAAUUUACCAAAUAUAUAUACAUAUAUGUAUUUUAUCACAACUUGUGUAAUGUCAAACUAUUGAAUAUAUAUUUAUUUUGAGACUUGCGUUAUUUACACACACUUUGAGAGACGGAAAAAGGUGAAAUGUUGUAUUUGUCAUUCGAAUAGUAUGAAAUGAAUAAAAUUUAUUCAAACU